AUGGGAGUCACUAAUCUGUGGCAAAUCCUUGAGCCUGUGAGACAACCUGUCAACUUGAGCAGUCUCAAAGGAAAAACACUUGCUGUUGAUUUAAGUCUGUGGGUUUGUGAAGCACAGACUGUUAAAAAGAUGGUUGGAGUAGUUACCAAGCCACAUCUGAGAAACCUAUUUUUCCGAUUCUCUUUCUUAACAUCAAUGGGAAUUAACCUAGUGUUUGUCAUGGAAGGAGAAGCCCCCAAGUUGAAAGCAGAUACCAUGAGUAAGAGGAACGAGAUGCGCUAUGGACCUUCGAAGAAAGUUGGAGCUACAAGAACAGGGAGAUCUUUAUUUAAAGCCAUUUUAAAAGAGUGUCUCCAGCUGCUGGAGUGUUUAGGUGUCCCUUGGGUUCAAGCAGCUGGGGAAGCAGAGGCAAUGUGUGCCUACCUAAAUGAAAAAGGACAUGUUGAUGGGUGCAUUACCAAUGAUGGAGAUGUCUUCUUAUAUGGAGCUCAAACAGUUUAUAGGAACUUUGCCGUGAAUGCUAAGGAUCCGCACCUUGACUGUUACACAAUGUCUUCUGUUAAGGAGAAGCUUGGUUGUGACAGAGAAUCUUUGAUAGGGCUAGCUGUUCUUCUGGGUUGUGAUUAUCUUCCAAAGGGUGUUCCAGGAGUUGGGAAGGAACAAGCUUUAAAGUUAAUUGAGACUUUGCGAGGUCAAAACUUAUUGCAAAGGUUUGAGCAAUGGAAAGAACAAUUUCAGUAUGAUAAUAAUCCACCUUUGGUUGUUAAAAGGGUAAUUCACUGUUCUGAGUGCCAUCAUCCAGGAUCUUACAAGGAACAUGAGCACAGUGGAUGUAAACUCUGUGAAAGCACUAGAUACUGCAAACCCAAUGACUCCAAAUACUGCUGCCCUUGUGAAUGGCAUCGGUUAGAGCGAGCGAAACAAGCAAGUGCAGUGGAGGACAACAUCAGAAAAAAAGCUAACAGUUGUGUGGGCUUUCCGUUCUCUGAGGUUAUCCAAGAAUUUCUUGUAAACAAGAAUAAAUUGAUCAAGAUAAAGGAAUGCCAAAGGCCAAAUUUAUUGUCCUUUCAGAUAUUUGCUUCUGAGAAGAUGGAAUGGACCAAACAUUACGCUUGUAAGAAACUGUUAGCACUAUUGACACAUUAUGAUAUGAUCCAGAGAAAAUCUGGAUACAUUGAUUCAAAACAACUGCAGGCAAUACGGAUAGUCAAGACACGUGUUAAAAACGGAAUUCCUUGUUUUGAAAUUGAGUGGCAAAAACCAGAACAUUAUGUUGAUGCAGAAGAUGAGCCUGUGGAGUUGUUUGUAGUCACAGUAGAAGAGGAGUCUUUGUUUCAGGCUGCUUAUCCUGAUGUUGUUGCUCUUUAUCACGUGGAAAAGUCAGAAGUUUUGAAGAAGAAACAGAAAAACAGGAAAGACAGACCAAAAGGAAAGGAAUUAUCAAAUAUUUAUGAUGAAGUUAGCGACCUUCUGUCUCAAAUGAAUUUAAAAUCUAAAUGUGGAAUUCUUCCUGUGCCAGACUCCAUGUCAGAUAUAAAAACUUCCCCAGAAGAUCAGAUAUGCCAGAGGAGUACUGAAUCAAAAGAUCUGCUGUUAGUUGCAGCUUCCUGCAUAACAACUGUUCCAAUACCAGCGUCAGCAGCUGCUCUUCCUCUGACUGCAUCACCUUACUCGCUCUUAGAGAGCACGUUGGCUGACUCAUCUGUAUUGCCAGCACAAUUUAGUAAAAAUUCAGGGAUAUCGUCCUCUGUAACAGCUGGUCUUCAACUGAGCAGUAUUGAUUGCAAAGGAACCUUCUUCAGGGCUUCACCAGCCCAUGGGGGUGAUACCCAUGAUCCAGCAGCUGACUUAACUAUGUACAUAAAACACUCACAUCAACUAGGUCAUGAAACAGUGAGAAAUAGCUCAGAAUAUUCUGAUGCUAUGCAGUCUGAUCAGCAUCAUUCUGAUAGUGUGGAUGAUUUGGUUUCAGAUGAUGCUAUAGAACAACUUCAGAACUGGUCUUUAAGUGAGCGAAUACUUAAGAAGACUUCCAUUCCAUCAAAGCCUUUGUUGUCUGAAGAUGUAAAGCAACUGGAGUCUUUGAAGUGGUUUGAACAAACAAAAGAAACAUUGAAUCCUGAUAAAGAUUAUGUCUCUUCCUCAUGUCAGUUAAAUAAACUAGUGCAGUUAAAUAAACUAGUGCAGAAAAGUAAAAAUGUACUAUCAGAAAACUAUUCAAGGGAAUCCAAUGUACAUGUUUAUCAAGAUCAGUACAAAAAAGCUGACAGCCUGGCUGAAAUGAUGCAAAAAGAUCAUAAUAUAAGCUGUUCGGCAUCUCUAGCCUACGGUGGGCAAACAACGGAGACACUACAUCCUGGGUGUGAAAUGCUUCCAGCGUCUAAAAAGCCAGCAGAUGUUGUAACUGGCUGUCACAUUAAAAAAGCUUGUACUCAAACUACUUGGAAAACUUCUUUUAAAAAGAGUGUGUGUCAGAACAGAUGUUCUUCUAGUGAAGACAGUGAUGAUGGGAACAUGAAUAAAAAUCUGAUUUAUGAGCAGCAGAAAAGACAACUGAACGCUGGUCAGUUUAAAAAAUCUUUUACAAAGAAAAGGAGUAAUGUUAUUAGCAAAAGAACAAACAGUGACUCAGCCCUUAUAAUUAAAGGGAAGAAGGAGGCCAGUUUAAAAAAAGCUGGUAAUAGCUUCUCAUUGCAAGUUUCUCCAAAACCAUCCUCUGUAGGGGAAGUUAAUUGUUCCCAAAGCCCAGAGCAACCGUUUGAGAGGUCAGGUUCUGGCCCCAUGCAGCAAGCCAGAAGUGCUGUUCUGACUUAUGCAUGGGCAGACAGUCCCCUUCCCCUGUCUGAAAGACUAAAAGGAAGAAUCAAAAUCAAUUAGGUUCUCCAUAAAAUAGAUUAUGAUAAGUUAACUCUGAACCUUCAACUCUUACAGGGUUCUUUCUCAAAGUUUCUGCAGUAUGCUCUAUCAAUUUUAAGUGGACACAGUUUUGAUGAAUAAGAAGUGCUGUGAAAUACUGCAUACUGGAGCUAAAGUUUGAAAAUAAAAUGUUAGCAAAAGUACCAAAGAGCUGAUGAUAGGCAAGUGCCAGUUAUUCUGGACUUGAUUGCAUUCUGAACUUGAUACAUAAGCAUUGGGAUAUAGUAUACAAGGAAGCAGUGAGGUUUAUUUAAAAAAUAAGGUUUUUUCCCAGCCAAUUGUGAAGAUUUUGUGUGCAGCUGUUAAGUCUGCUUAUAAAAAAACAGACUUACUAGAAUAGUGCCUGCACUGCUGUUGGAUAUUCUUAAUAAGACAAAGUGAUACAGCUCUUCCCAACAGAAAUUUUCCAUUCUGCCCCACUAACUUAAUUUUGCUAGUUUUCAAAUCCUAGGAUGCUGGUUGUUGUGAUUAUCUCUGAAGGACCAGAUAGAGGCGCACAGCAGAUGUACCUUGCAGAGUAGCUAAAUUUAUAUCUGCCAUGCCCUAUAAUAAACUGUUCUUUGAGAGUGUGCAUUUUCCCAAGAAUGGAAUAAGCCAUGUAAUGAUAUUCUGGUUUUGUAGCUAUCAUGUCUAAUAUUUAAGGAAAUUUGAUGGCUCUUUUAAUCAAAUAUUUAUAGUUUGGGGCAUUUUUUUCUUAAAGAAGAUAUAAGUGAGUGUUAGAUGGGAUUUCAUAAUAGAAUGAAGGUUAACUUACAGAAAAUUAGAAUCUAAUUAUUAUCUUGCAGAUUCUUUGAAUAAUAUCAUGUAAAUGUUUGUUUUUAAAGGGGGAACUUGAAUGCAAUUACAUUUUUCAGUUCUCCUACCACUUUGAUAUAGAAGCAAUCUCUGUUCAUACGUAAAAAAAGCUGUCUUCAACAGCUUAUUGGAAAAUGCCUCCUUGCCUGCAUUUAGGUGUUCAUAACUUUUUCUAUGGACCAACCAGAAGGAAGGCCAGUCUUACCAAGAUGUAAUGUUAACAAUGGAAAAUUAGAGUAUCAAUGCCUUAAUGAAAAUGUCAAUUCUUUCUUCAUGAAGGCCAAGGCUUUAAAAGUUAGGAAGCUAAAUUCUAGAUGUGUUUAAGGAAGAAAUAGGUAGUCUAUAGAUAAUACAAUCUGUAGUUAGCCGAAAUGGUAGUUUCUUAUUUUCUUCUGUAGGCAGAUGGACAAAGUUUGUUUACAGUUGAUUUUCCAAAUGAGAAAUGUAUUAUGGAAAUGAGCAAAAAAUCCAAAAUGUUGGAAACUUAUUUUCAGUUUUGAAGAUGGUCUUCUGGAGACUUUUAACCACCUAGCUGGAAGAAUAGAAUUGCUAAGGAGAAUGAAAGUAGCAGUCAUCUGGGAACUGUAAAUGGAGAGAUUCCUUAUGCAGUGGUCAGUAAUGGAGAGAUCAGACCAUUUUUUGUGGAAAAAUAUUAUUAUU